AUGAGACCUGGAAGUGGCUUGAUCCUCGCUCUUCUCUACUGGGCGGCGGGCAAGGUGGCUGCCUACCCACCCUGGGGUUUCUCCUGGGGUGACUCGACGAACCGGGGGGCACGGGCAAAUCCCCAUGCUUGGCCUUGGGUAGAGGACUCACACUCUCGAGCCAUCUCCAGCCAGCAGUGGCCAGUGAUGGUGCAGUGCCAGGAGGCUCAGCUGGUGGUGACGGUGCACAGGGACCUCUUUGGCACUGGACGCUUGGUCAACGCGGCUGACUUGACGCUGGGGCCAUCGGCGUGCAAGCAUUCCUCACUCAACCCUGCCCAAAACACCAUCAUGUUCACCGCCGGCCUCCAUGAGUGUGGCAGCAUUGUACAGAUCACGCCAGAUUCCCUCAUUUAUCGCACACUCCUCAGCUAUGACCCCAGCCCCGCCAGCAACCCCGUCAUCAUCCGCAGCAACCCCGCUGUCAUCCCCAUCGAGUGCCACUACCCCAGGAGGGAGAAUGUCAGCAGCAACGCCAUCCGCCCGACCUGGGCUCCCUUCAGCUCUGCCCUGUCAGCAGAGGAGAGGCUAGUGUUCUCCCUGCGCCUCAUGAAUGAGGAUUGGACCGCUGAGAGACCCUUCACCGGUUUCCAACUGGGUGACGUCCUCAACAUCCAAGCUGAGGUGGGAACUGAGAGCCACGUGCCACUGCGGUUGUUCGUGGACAGCUGUGUGGCUGCCCUGAGCCCCGGCACUGAUUCCUCACCCCACUACUCGGUUAUUGACUUCAACGGGUGAGCCCCAGGGAGGUCGGACGACACCAGCUCAACCUUCAUCACACCCCGGCCCCGGGAAGAUGUGCUGCGCUUCAAAAUCGACGUCUUCAGGUUCGCAGGGGAUGACAGGAACCUGAUCUACAUCACCUGCCACCUAAAGGUAACCCCAGUGGAUCAAGCCCCCGAUCCCCUGAACAAGGCUUGUUCCUUCAACAAAGCCAGAAACACGUGA